AAACAUACGGUAUUUUUAUAAUACUUUGUAUACCUGUGUUCAAGCAUAGUGAUUCAAGUUAUCAACAAACCCGCCGUUUUAAAUGUGAUAACUUAUUAUCUAUAUUAUUCUACACUAAUUGACAAUUGUAUACGUUUUUUCGAUAUUUUGUUAUUAGUUGUUACUACUUAUUAGUCUGAACCUGAAAUGGUUUCAUAAUGAAAUACUGAAAUGUCUGAAAUUAUAGAAAACAUAUUUUUUUAAAUAAUUAUUUAUUUGUAAUUAAAACCAGGCAAUAUGCAAACUAAUGAAUGUUUUGUUUGUGGUUGUAACGAUUUUACUGUUACUGAUGGAGCAUUUGUAUGUAAUGAAUGUGGAAUACAGUCUCAAAGUGUUAGAGAAGAACACAUAAACUUUCAUGAAGAUGUUAAUCAGAACUAUGAAGAUCCAACACAUAUAGAUCAUGAAAUAACGACUGGAUCUCAACUAGAAAAACCUAAGAAACUUUUAUCUUGGGAAUGUUAUAAUUUUAUACUUUUAGGACUUACCAAUGAGAUGAUUGAACUUGGAGCUAAACCUAGCUUAAAAAUUAUAGUGUUACAAUUAUGGGUUCAAUAUUUACAAUGCAUUGAAGUUGCGUUUACAUCAAAGAAAUUUAGGAAACUUCCAAAAUUAAACACAGCAAUAAUUGAUAUGGACUGUGAAAUUUUAUAUGGUGUUGAAAAUGUUAAAAACAAAAUUCUACAUGCAAAAAUUGGUAUUGCGCAUGGAAAUAAAAAAAAGAGAUGUUCCAAUAAAAGAAAAUCAUUGACCUCUAGUAUUAAUUCUAGUAUGACAAGCCUUAAUAAACGAAAUAUGUUUAGCCGAAAAAUAAAAAAAUUAGACCACUCUACAAGAGAUUCAAAUAAUGACUCAGUAGGAUUAACAGAUGAUAUAAGUUUAUUGCAAAGAAGUAAUAAGUCAAGUAAAAUCAAGAUUAAAUUUAAAAAAAAUAUAAAAAAAUCUCUUACUACGAUGCCAUCAAAGACUAAAGAUCUUACUACAGAAGAAUCAUUAAAACUUUUGGAAUCUGGCAGCAAAUAUUGGAAUAGUUUAAAAUAUAAAGAAAAAAAGAAUGUUUUAUCUAUUAAAAAACUACUAUCUAUAUUACAAUUAGCUCUUAUGAUCAACGGAGAUGAUAUUUACCUAUCUGAUAUACUCAGAUGGUUUCAUGAAGGACAUUUGCAUAUAAAUCGUGUUAACUUAUUUUUACCAGUAAAUUCAAAGCACGGUAUUAAAUUUAAUCAAAUGGUGCCUAGUUCCAGAAAUACAUUAAAUAUAGAAUUCCACAUGUUAUUGAAACAUUUAAAAGCUGAACAACUACCCAAUAUUGAUUUUAAAAAAAUAGUGAUGCGUUUUUCUGAUGAACUACAACUUCCAAAUGAUUUUACACAUUUUGUUUGCAAACUUGUGUCAAUAUCUCCUCCAAGCACUAAAUGUAACCGAAUAUUACCAGACAUAGAAGUUAAAGUAAUGGCUUACAUACUAUUUGCUGCCAAAUUUUUAUUUUGUCUUGAUGGUAACUCAGAAAACUUAUCAUCAGACUUUGCUGAAAAAAUUAACCAAUCAGAUAUAGUUGACAAAAAAUUGUUUAGCUGGAAUGGUUAUGUGCAAUACAUAGAAUUUAGAAAUUGUAUCGUAUCUAAAUAUAACUAUUAUCUGCAUGAAAAUUUGUAUGGAAACAAUAUACGCAACACUCAAUUAUUUAUCAACGAUUGGAAUAUGAUGAGGCCAACUUUACCUGUAAUAGAAAGAGACAAAAUAUGUAAAAGUUUUAGGGACAAUACUGAAUGUUUGCUUAAAUCAUUACCUGAUUUUGGAAGAAAAAAAAGUUAUAGAGAAAUUCCUGCUUCAACUAAACCAUUGUCAUCAACUUUAAAAUGGAUAGUUGAAUAUCAUUCAACAGAAUUAAGUAAUGAAGCAAAAACAAUACUAGAAAAUAAUUUUAUUCAAACUGAUAUCUUAUAUCUAACUGAUGAAAAAAGGUAUUUAUGUAAUAAUUAUGGUGUUAUAUAAAUUACAGAAUAUACUUAUAUACUGUGAAAUAGACAUAAAUUUGUUAAAUACUUAAUUGUUUAAACACUUGUUAAGUAGACGCAACUCCUGCAUUUGUUGUCUUCGUCUUAAAGGCACAUAAUAUGAAAAUUGCAUGCUGAACAGUUUACGCUUUGUUAGUUUUAAAAUUUGAGUAAAUCAACCUAUUAUGAGACUUAAUGGCAGUGUUGGGUAAUAACGUAACGCAAUCACUUUUUCAGUAACGCAGCAGUAAUUUCAUUACAUUUUACUUAAAGUAACGGAAUUGUAACAAAAUUAUUUUUGAAAA